UCUCAUCCAUCGCCUCUUACACUUACCCAAUCAUCGGACAUCCCCAAAGAGUGUCUUCUCUUUCCUUUUAGCUUCUCCUCCUGUCUUUCAUUCAGUUUCCUGAGCUUCUCCUCACAUCUCUUGUCAAAUGUUCUGUCUCACCAUAGCCUGCUCCUUCUUAAUUUACACCGCUUGAUACUCCUGGUUUGUUUUGCAUCAUGAACCCUGGUAUUCAACAGUCAGAUGGAAAGGCAAAGCGCUCUAUAGAUGGGAGUGUUGAUCACAGUUUGGGAAGGGGCGUUGAGGGACAUGGGCCACCGCCGCUGAAGAAUUACAUUUUUCUGACCAUUUUCACCUGCUUUUGCCCAGCAUGGCCUAUCAACAUUGUGGCAUUGGUUUUUUCUCUGAUGUCUCAGAGCAGUUAUGAUGCAGAUGACUAUGAAGGAGCUCAGCGGCUGGGGAGGAAGGCUCUUCACAUGGGAAUCGCUUCCUUAGUCAUUGGCCUCUUGAUCAUUAUGAUCUACUGUAUUGUCCAUUUCACCAAGAAUGCAGUCUGAUCUUGAAGAGAUGAGCAAAACUGGAAAUUGCGUUGUGAACCGGUGGCGAUCAGUUCCAGUGAACAUGAGAGGACACUGUGAGCGCUAAACCCAGAACGUGGUUUCACUGGGAUGGCACAAUGUGCUUGAACCAUCCUGGAUUUAUAAGUUAUCAACAUUUUGAAAUGGAAUGUAUAAAAGGGUCUGAUUUGCUAAAAGCAUGGCCAAAAGGAGUCUGAAAUAUAGAAAAUCACUUCAUAUUCAUACCAUCGCAUAAAUAUUUCAGAGUGAUGUCAUUUAUUUGUGCAUCUAUGUUGAAUAUAAUGGCACCUCAAAUCUUGUAAAUGUGUAUAGUUUAGAGGUGUAAAUUAUUUUGUCCUGAAACACAUUAAAAGAGUGCUAUCUCCCAAACAGCUAACUGAUGCUUUAAAAGACAAAUGAAAAAAAAAAUGUUGUAUGUAUGAAUGUAAAAAUAACAUUUGUGAUUGUAUUUUUUUUUUUUAAUAGAAAAACAAGAAUAAAUGUCUGAAAUGACUCAGUACACUACAUACAUAAGUUUCUGUCACAGUUUUAUAAUGCCUUAUAGCAGGCACCAGUGCUCAAGGAUAUUAGGGUACAAUGGGGCUAAAGGCACUGCGGGGUAAAAUUUCUGUUUGUCACUAUACACUGGAAAAUUCUCCGGAUCCAUGAGGAUCACACAAAGGUGUGUGUUGUCUAAAGUUUGAUUUUGAGGCAAUUUGAUCUAAUUUUUAUUAUUUUUUUUAAAUGUUGCAAAUUUAUGUAGUUAAUGACAAUCCCUGAAUUUAACACAUUUCUUUUGAGACAAAAUACUCAUUUAUCAUUUUCAGUUUUGUUUAAGGUCAUUAAAUCAAACAUUUUUCAAUAACUGUCCGAUAAGUGAAAGGAUAGUAUUUGGGGUAAAAAGCCCCCCUGUUGCACGGGCUAAAGGCCCCUAUUAAACACUUUGUUUUUGUUUUUCUCAAGUGGGGUGAAUAUGUUUGUUAUGAAAAAUGUUCAAAGUGGACUCACAUGACUGAUCCAAUCACAAAAGAGAUCAGUUUGUUUAUAGAAUAUUUGAGAUGUAAUAAAAUGCCAGGAAAUGAACAGGAAAUGGUUGACUUUUUCUGAAGUAAU